CUUUUGCUUUGCCAUUCUUCCCAACAUCUUCAAGUCAGAACUAGACUUUUUAAACAGCGACAACGCAAGACUUCCGGUACGACCGUAAGGCUGGGCCAUAUUGGCAUACCUACCGGUAGAAGUGCAAACUGUUGUAUUCAGGACGAUAAAGACGGCGGAUCGACAUCACGACUUACAAGGCGUCUUUUGUGCUUCUACCAACAAGAUCGUUUUCUCAGUUGUUAUUUGCAAGGCAAGAUCAACGGUUAGUUGCGAGCCAAACAACAUAACGACGCUUAGGCCACCGAAGACAAGAGAAGGCACUCAAUCUAUACAUAUGAGAUGACAAACCCCCCAUCACCAACACUCUCUUGUCGUCUCACUCCGUGUAUACCGUCUUCGUCAGGUUUAAGCACGCCGACUUUUGGCGCUGGCUCACAAUCUGGAUAUGACGGAGAAACACCUCAUGUUUUGCAAAGGGCAAUAAUGCACGGCGAAGAUGUCCCGGAGUCGCCAAUUAUAGAUCGAGAUGCUGGAACGGACUUUCCAGAUGUGAGUGGUGAUCAAGGAGGGUUUGCAGGUCCAAGUAGAUCUUUUAGGAAAGCACCUACACCCCAAUUUCUUAACGAUCCUUCUCCUCAAACCAUAUUGCCAUUAUUAGAAGAAGAAGAGGUAGCUCAAGAGCUUAGUGAAAAUGUUGACGAAGAUAGAGAGCUUCGGACAACUCUGAUCCUCCGACAUGCAUUACAAUGGGGUAUUGAGCGGGGAGAUGUUGAAUUGGUCAACUGGCUGGUUUCUCUCAAUGGCCGAUGGCGAAGUAUACUAGAUCAUGAGAUACGAGAUCUAGAAGAUGAAGAAGGCUGGGGAAUAGUCGGUAUGGCAAUACAUCACAGCUGUGGUAGACAGGACAGAGAGGAGAUUGUUAGGGCCGCAGUGAGUAGAUGGGGGGUUAGCGCAGGGCCCCGAGGUGGCCGUGAUCGUCGUGGCUGGACACCCUUGCAUCUGGCUGUACUGGUCUCAACGCCUCCGUUAAUCUCCUUUCUUCUAAGCCAUGGCGCUUCACCACACCUAUUGACAAAUCGUGGGCUCACCCCUCUCGAUCUCGUUGCAGACAUACCAGGCCGCGAAGCCAUCACCCUAUUCCUCGAACACGCCAUCUCCGUCCCCCACCCUUCCAGCCCUCGGACAUCGACCAUCUUCAUUCCUAAACUUCCGCCUGCAAGGCAAAAGAUGUUGAAAAAACGGAGAAGACGGGCCAGAGGUCAUCUGGAGAAGAUGGAAGAGCAAGACAGGAAAGAGAAAAUACGGAUAGAGAGGGCGAAAUGGAUUGUGGACCAGAUAAGAGCGGUAGAAGUUCCGCCGGAGCUGGUUUUUGGGAAGGAAGAAAACUCAAAACGGAAAAGAGAGGACGUAGGGGGAUCGGGGUGGUCGGGACAGGAUAUCGAGGAAGAUGAUGUGGACAACGAGGAUGAUGACGUUGAAGAAGAUGAGAUGAAUCCCGCGUCUAUCGCCAACAUGCUAGUCUUCUCUCUCGUUAACCUCCCCGAAAUCUUUGACAUCCUUAUCAGCAACUAUCAACCGAUCUCUCAGCCUUUAUCAAAGAGAACACUACCAGCGAAUAUGUUGUGUUAUUAUGCGAGGUUUGCUUAUCAUAUGUGCGAUGAGACAUGGUUAGAGGCGUUGAUAGAAGGAGCGAUUGAAAGGAUCGAAGAGGGUGUAUAUGAAAACGUGGAGAAUCUGGCAUAUCUUGCAUUUUGGGCCUAUAACUCUUGUGUCUUGCUACAUCAUCUGCAGGCGGAUGAGGCGCUUCAAGAAGCGUGUGAUGAGCUGGGCCUGUUGGCUAUCUUGGAAGAGCUCAUCAAUGCUAUACAUGUGUUUGUGAUACGUAUUGCCGAACGCCGAAUUGAUACCGUACUUGACGCUGCUAUCCUCGAUUACGAAACUCUCGAAGAUUUUAACGACAUCCGUUUCGAAGGCGAAUGGUCCUUGUUCCGAUCGUUUGUAUCCAAGAAGAAGCGCGAUACACCCAAGGUAAACAAUAUAUUCGCCGGGGUUAAUGGUAGUCCGGGAGGAACGAAAGAUGCGGCCGCGUCGUCGAUAGGAUCGACAGGACUUAAAGUCCCCAACCGACCACAAUCGAUGGGUGAUUUAAAAACGAUGCCGAAUGGGCGAUCAACCAUACACGAAUUUAAUGCCAACUCUGAUAAUAAUUCUGGACCAGCACGCAUAACAGAGAUCUUAUCCGGAGUGCUAAUUGUCCUUCAGCUCUACGAGGUUAACCCCGCGCUCAUUGUUCAGGCUUUUUUCCAGAUCUAUUUUUGGAUUGCCUGCGAAUUGUUUAACCGCAUCCUCACGAGAAGGAAAUACCUAUGUCGGUCGAAAGCUCUGCAAAUCCGGAUGAACCUCACUUUCCUCGAUGACUGGGUGCGCGCCAAUGGGUUGCCUGCUCAAACCUCUACGAAGCAUUUCGCCCCCCUCUCUCAGCUCCUGCAAUGGCUUCAGUGUCUAUCCCGAAUCACAGAGUUUGACACUCUCAUCGGUACGAUGCAGAACAUGAAGGCGAUUAACCCGUUACAGAUGCGUCGGGCUGUCCGUGAAUACCGGUACGAGGUCAAUGAAGGAAGAAUGUCAGAUGAGUGUGCACAGUAUCUUGUGCAAUUGCAAAAAGACUGGGAGAAACGAAGAGUACAGCUUAGUAUGCAAGAAGCCGAGCGGAUGAGGUCGGCUAGUGAAUGGUCGGAGGGGAGUUAUGAUGGGACUGGGAUGUCCGGAGGAAGUGGAUAUGAGGAAAGUGCGACCUUGAUUGACGCGCUUUUUGAUGGGUCAACGAUGUUGGCGGACUUUGUACCUCAUUCGGCUCCCGAGUCACUCGACGAGUUGCUCGAUAGCCGUUACAUGCUUCCUUUCCUCCUACCGGAAGAUAAUGCCUACCUCAUUGCCACCCCUCCUACCGACGCGGCGUACGCCAACCUCCAUAUCCCUUCAAGUCCCUUUGUCACUGACACUCCCACUAAACGACCACUUUCUCACACUGGCUAUUCGUCUUCUAGAUCGAUGGGGUACAAGAUACCAAAUAUGGGUAGAUUACGCGACUUGCCGCCCGAUUUUUUCAAGUGGAUGAAAGAAAAGGAGAUAGAGUUGAAGCUUGGCCGUGAAGCAUUGCGUGUCGAGAAGAAGACCGUACCCGCAUUGUCUCACCCGUUAGGACCUAGUCAAAAAGCGAAUGUCACUAUCAACACGCCUGUUCGACCGCCUCCGGAAGAUAAGACUAACCUCACUCCUACCCGCACACCCACUAGCAAUCGCCGAAAAAGUGGCAAUUUGGCUUCCCCCCUCCCUAUCGAAGGUGCAGAGCUUUCAACUACCCUUAGCAUGUUGUACCCGUCCACUACACCAACCAAGCUGGGCGCUGGCUUACCCAGCCCGGGAUUAAGGUCUAGCGCGUCAAUAAAUGAGUUGAGGGAGAAGAAAUUGGCAGAAAGACCGUUUGAAGCCAUUCAAGAGGAAAUGCCGAGUCACAUCAGGUCAGAGAGCUACGAGAUGCGGAUGCGAACGACGGAAAUGCUGAGACAAAAUAGUGCCGAAUCGGUCUCUAGCUCGGGCUCUAGGUUGAGUUGCGGUUCAGGAGCUAAUGAUGACAGCGGGAAGAAAAGGUGAUGGAGAAUGAAUAAAGGUGGAGAGACCAACCGUCCGACUGUGGAUGAUGGACAGAGGAGGGAUGCAAAUGAAGACUUGGUUAUCGGUCGGGGGGGGGGGCGGUCGGAUGCCUGGGGAUGACUGGGAUCUGAAGACACCGGAAGGAAUGACUCCUAGGACAACGAAGCGGAUCUGGGGCUAGAUGUGUGUAUGUGUACGAGGAGAUGACGAUUAUUGCAUCUUUGUAACGAGAAUACGAUCUACAUGCAUAUUUUAUGACGAG